ACAAUAGUAGAGUUAACAAAUAAGCUGUAAUUUCACAAAUAAUAACCUGUAUUAUCGUUCAAAAUCGACAUAUGAUGUGAGUGUGUAUCGAAGCGUGCAGUGUUGACAGCGCACGCUUCCCCAGAAUCACGUGCGGCGGGCGCAUUUAUUUUGAUUAGGAUUUCUGUUUAGAUUAGAUAGAUAUUUAUGGCUCUGGCUCAGUGACGAAUUUUAUAUAAUGCCAAACAAAGGAUUACCAUGAAUUGAAGACCAUUUCGAAGCCGUUCGUGCGAGCUCGCAAUGAUCCGGCUUGUGCAGUGGUUCCGGACAGUUACCAAAACGGCGUUCAGCAAAAAGUAUCUCCUGCUCACGAAUGUAGCGAUUUCGGUGAGCCUGUCCGGCGUGGGUGAUAUAAUCGAACAGCAUUAUGAAAUUUAUAACGGUGAGCUGGCGGCGUGGGACCGCCAGCGGACACGGUUCAUGUCCAUCUCGGGCAUGACGGUCGGCAUGUUCUGCCACAGCUGGUACAACUUUAUGGAUCGCCGAUUUCCCGGCCGUACGAUCGGUCUGGUGCUUAAGAAGGUGCUGAUCGAUCAAACGGUAGCGUCGCCGAUCGUGAUAUUCCUGUUCUUCGCCACGUUGGCGGUGCUGAAACGUUCCUCGUGGGAGGAAACACGGCGUGAGGUGCGAGAAAAGUUUAUCCGACUUUAUACGGCCGAAUGGAUUGUGUGGCCACCGGCACAAAUCGUCAACUUUUACUUCCUGCCGACGAAGUAUCGCGUGCUGUACGAUAACACCAUUUCGCUCGGGUACGACGUUUACACCAGCUAUGUGAUUAACGACGAAUGCACCACUAAUAGCGAACCAAACGAUGUACCAACGGUAACAAGCCACGCAAGAAGCUAAUCCACGGGUAACCCCCAACCAGAAACAGCGGCAAUAAAUGUUAUGUUUAAACUACCGGCUAUCAUAA